GGAACAGUUCAUUAAUUUCUAUUAGUCCACUGACGAUAUAUUAUAAUAUGUCUGAUUACUCUGGUUGAACUAAACACUUUUGUAUUCGGUUAAUUUUUGUUCAAAAUGGCUACUACGACAAAAAUGGUAUACAAUAACGAAGAUAAUUUAAUGAUCAACACUGGAUUAAUGAAAAUAACUGGAUUAUACCAUGUACUGGAUUCACGGAGCCUAAAAAUCUUUGGUCACAACGUGUUUAAAUGCUUGUCUGUAGUUCAAAUGUCGAGUCUUAUAUUGUUGACGGUUAUAUUUCUUUCAAACAUAUAUUAUUUUUUGGAUGACAUCAAUGCAGUAAUGCACUAUUCGACUUUAUUAACAUCCGAUAUGAUCUCGAUUUUUAAACUUUAUGUCACAAUCGUAAAUUCGGACACAAUAUGGAACUGUAUACAAAUGACAUCCAUCGACGACUUGUCAUAUAAGUAUCACGAUAGACGCAUACUCAUAAAUGGUCAAUCGAAGUCCAAAUCGUAUUCUAUACUAAUUAUGUUUAUGUGGAUGAAUCUUAUAAUAUCUUGGUCAUUGGCUCCUUUGUUUGUCACAAACUUUUUUUUAGAAUUAGAAGUCGAAAACGAGAUUUACCGUUACCGCCUCAGCAUAAUGAAUUUCGUAUUCCCUGUUACCGAUCAAUUCUACAACGAAAACUACGUGAUUUAUUACUGUAUAGAAUUUACCGGCUUGAUACUAUGGUGUCAUUGCACAAUGAAUUUCGAUAUACUAUUGCUGUCGAUGAAUAUUACGUUCAAAUAUCAGUUAAAAACUAUUGCGAAUUCUUUCAGUACAUUCAACAUAAAAAAUUACGUUGAGAACAAUCUCACAAAAAAUGUGGAACACCACAAAAAAUCAGAAUUAUUGAUGUUUGAUUUCAAGAGUAUAAUAUACGAUCAACAGCGUGUCAUAGAAAACAUGAGAAACAUUUACCGAAUAUUUCAACCCGUUGUACUUACUCAACUAGCUUCCGAGUCUAUAAUAAUAAUUCUUUUGUCCUGUAUCUUAAUGAUGAACUAUUUUAACGGUAUAUCAUUGAUAUCGGUAAUGAACUCGAGACUAUGUUUAGCGGUAUCAACGUUCACAUUCCACAUUUAUGUUAUCUGCUACUUAUUUGACGAUGUCAACCAACAAAAAGAUUCGAUCAAUUUUGCUCUGUACAGCAAUGAUUGGACGCAGAGCAAUACACAACAUAAACAUCUACUACUACACGCCAUGCGAAUGAAUAACGCUGAAAAUCUUAGACUACACGUGACACAAAAUAGAAUAGUAAAUUUCAAAAUGUUUACUAGUAUCAUGCGGAAAGCGUAUUCAAUAUUAUCAGUGUUGGGAAAGAUGUGUGCAAAGAAGACGUAGACGAUAUCGUUAUGCCGAAACUGUGUAGUUAUGACCUGUGGGGGUUA